GCUGGGCAAGGGGAUGUGUCCUGUGAUUUCUGCACUGACAAGAAGAUGAGAGCUGUGAAAUACUGUCAUGUCUGCCCAGCAUCCUACUGUGAGACACAUGUCCGACAGCACUACACGGUCCCAGCCCUGCAGAAACACAGACUGGUGGACAUCAGUGGAGACCAGGAGCCCAGACUCUGUCAGCAGCACCACAGAGCUCUGGAGGUGUUCUGUAAGACUGACCAGACUCUCAUCUGCAGUCUGUGUUCAGUGCAGGAACACAUGGGACAUGACACCAUCUUUAAGUCAGAAGAGCAACAGACACAGGAUGUGGGAAGAGCUGUGAGUGACCUUACAGAUGAACUUGAGAAUUUCUACACAGGAGGAUUUCAGAAGACUGACCAAACAGGGUGGCUGGAGACACUGAAAGACAAACACAAGGAAGCUCUAGAGAGGAAGUUUGAAGUUGUGUCUGAGGGAAUUGCUAAGCCAGGAGAGCAGACCCUCCUCAAUGAUGUCUUUACACACGUGUGGAUAACUGAGGGCAGCUGUGUUGAGGUGAAUCAUGGACAUGAGGUCAUGCAGGUAGAAACCGUCUCCAAAAGCAAAAAAUCAGAGAUCCACUCCAUCAAGUGCAGCGAUAUUUUCAAGCCACUGCCAGGACAGACCAGACCCAUCAGGACUGUACUGAUGAAGGGAGUCGCUGGCAUCGGGAAAACAUUCUCUGUGCAGAAAUUCAUUCUCGACUGGGCUACUGGAAAAGACAACCAGGACUUUGACUUUAUAUUUCUUCUUCCAUUCCGUGAAUUAAACUUGAUCAAAUCAGAAAUGAGUUUAGAGGAACUGGUUCAGUGUUUCUGUCCAGAUAUAAAAUCCUCUCAAGUUUUAGAUUGCCACAAAGUUCUGUUCAUCUUUGAUGGUCUGGAUGAAAGCAGGCAUCCUUUGAAAUUUAAAGAAAAUGAGAUCUGGUCUGAUGUGAAAAAACCGACAUCAGUGGACGUGUUGUUAACAAACCUCAUCAAGAGGAACUUUCCUGUUAAUUCUUCCAUCUGGAUCACUUCCAGACCAGCUGCAGCAGGUCUGAUCCCUCCAGAGCUCAUCAGCAGGGUGACAGAGGUCCAGGGGUUUGAAGACCAGCAGAAGGAAGAGUACAUCAGAAAGAAGUGUAAGAACAGAGCUCUGGCAGACAGAAUUAUUUCACAUAUAAAGACACUGAGGAGUCUUUACAUUUUGUGCUAUGUUCCUGUUUUCUGCUGGAUUGUAGUUACUGUUCUGGAGCACACAUUGGAAGAGAGCAGAGGGGCCAAUCCAACAACACUGACAGAUUUCUAUACAUACUUUCUGCUUGUCUUACUCACAGCAAAGGAAAAUAAAGAAAAUGUCCUCAAAUCAAAUCAAGAAGCAAUUCUGAAGCUGGGAAAGCUGGCAUUUGAUAGUCUAGAGAAAAACAUCAUUGUGUUCUAUGAAAAAGAUUUGAGAGAAUAUGCCAUUGAUCUCCACAACUCCUCCCUUUACUCAGGGGUGUGGAAGGAAAUAUUUAAACAAGAUUCAGCCUUAUUUCAGGAAAAGGUGUACUGCUUUUUACACCUGACUGUCCAGGAGUAUUUUGCAGCUCUGUAUGUUUUUGGUUCCCAUCAGAACAAUAAUAUUAAUCCACUAAAGAAAACAAGUGGAUUUUCCUGGUUUGGAAGAAUAACUUUAUUCAGCCUGAAUGAAGGUGCUCUGGAAAGAGCCAUCCAGAGCAGGACUGGUCACCUUGAUCUGUUUGUCCGAUUCCUUUUGGGGAUGGAAAUGAAGAACAACCAGGAGCUUCUGAAGGGAUUCCUGUCACACACAAAAGAUCACUCCAGUGACAUCCAGGAAACAGCAGAACACAUCAAGAAACUCAUUAGAGAAAUGUCCUCUCCUGAAAGAUGCAUGAACCUUUUCCACUGCCUGAGUGAACUGAAGGACAAGUCAUUAAUGGAGUUCAAUGUGACUCUGGAUAAAGUAAAACAUUCAAGCCAAAGACUCUCACCUUCCCAGUGUUCAGCACUCGCCUAUUUCUCCCUGCUGUCUGAGAAAGUGAUUGAUGUUUUUGACAUGAGUAAUUAUGCUACAUCAGAGGAGUGUGUACGGAGAUUGCUACCUGUGGCAAAGAUAACAAAAACCCUUAGGAUAGGGGGAUGUGAACUAACACUGAGAUGUUGUGAAGAUCUGGCCUCAGUUCUUCAGUCUCAACACUCCAGUCUGAGAGAGCUGGAUCUAAGUCACAAUAACCUGGGGGAUUCAGGAGUGAAACUGUUGUCUGCAGCUCUGAGGGAUCCCAACUGUAAAUUAACAACACUGAGGAUGAGGGAGUGUGAACUAACAAAGAGAUGUUGUGAAGAUCUGGCCUCUGUUCUUCAGUCUCAACACUCCAGUCUGAGAGAGCUGGAUCUGAGUCACAAUCACCUGAAGGAUUCAGAAGUGAAACGGCUGUCUGCAGCUCGGAAUGAUCCCAACUGUAAAUUAAUAAUACAGGGACCAGAGUGCCCCACGGUGGCCGAUGCACUACUGGAGGGGAUGUUUGCCAUGCUAGGGGUGCCGGAGGAGUUACACAGUGACCAGGGUCGUAACUUCGAGUCCCAGAUCUUCGCCAGAGUGUGCCAGCGCCUUGGGAUCUCUAAGACGCGGACCACCCCGCUGCAUCCCCAGAGCGACGGGCUGGUGGAGCGGUUUAAUCAGACGCUCGCCACCCAGCUGGCCACCCUGGGGAGAGUGGUGGUCCUGCACCGAGACCGCCUGGCACCCUGCCGGGUCCAGGAGGAGGAGCCCUACGUGGAGGCUCCAGAGGAGCAGCCAAAAACCAAAUCAUCCUGA